GUAUAAAACAGGUGAACUGUUCUGGAUAAGGCACAGUUCGAUUGGUUCUAUUGCUUUGACAACACCAAACCAGAUAAUUUUAGCAAAAUGGCAUUCAAGUUCGUGACCUUCCUCGCCCUGGUGGCCGUUGCCCGUGCCGGAGUCAUCUCAGGACCAGCUCUAUCUUACGCCGCUGCUCCAGCUUUGGCAUACGCUGCCCCAGCUCCUCUGGCGUACUCUGCACCAAUUGCCAAGACUGUGUCGUAUGCCGCUCCUUUGGCCACCAAGACCCUCAUUGCUGCCCCACUCACCAAGACCGUUGUCGCUGAUGAGUACGACCCACAUCCAGAAUACUCCUACUCGUACGGAAUCUCCGAUGCCCUGACCGGUGACCAGAAGUCCCAGCAGGAAUCCCGCAGCGGAGAUGUUGUCCAGGGAUCUUACUCGCUGGUUGAUGCUGAUGGUUACAAGCGCACCGUCGACUACACUGCUGAUCCGAUCCACGGAUUCAACGCUGCUGUCCGUCGCGAACCUUUGGCCGUCAAGACCAUUGCCCCAGUCGUUGCUGCCAAGACCAUUGUUGCCCAGCCUGCCUAUGCCGCUUAUGCUGCCCCAGUUGCCAAGACCAUCUCGUAUGCUGCUCCAGUUGCCAAGACUAUCUCCUACGCCGCUCCAGCUGUGACCAAGACCAUCGUCUCGCAGCCAGCUUAUGCCAGCUAUGCCGCUCCUUUGGCCACCAAGACCAUCGUUUCGCAGCCAGCCUAUGCCAGCUACGCUGCCCCAGCUUACUAUCACUAAGUGAUGAGACUGACUGUUACUUAGAAUGAGUGUUGAUAAAAUGUGACCUGCCUAAUUUAUUGCCAAAAGAGUUAUGAAUAGAUGAUAUAUCAUCCAAAAAUCAAA